AUGACCACCCAACCGACCACCCAGCCCCCCAGAUGUUGCUGUUUCAGCAUCAAGACAGCAACGGUCUCUCUAGGGAUCUUCCACAUGGUUAUGAGUGUUUUGCUGCUGAUCGAGUACUCCCUGGAGGUGACGAGUGGGAAAGGCUUUUGCAAAGCUCUGCACAAGGAUUACUACAGGAUUGCUGAUGUCAUCACCAGCUUCCUGUUGAUCAUCAUGCUGUUUGUCAUCAGCUUCAACCUCCUCCUUGGUGUGGUGAAGAAGAGGGAACGUCUCCUGAUCCCCUUCCUUGCUCUUCAAGUCAUGGACUUUCUCCUCAGCCUCCUCACAAUUUUCAGUUCCUACAUAAAAGCCCCAGUGAUCAUGUCUGUGUCCUCCCUUAGACACAUGCAGGGGCACUCAAAGAUCCCUUUCCUGGCUCUGCAGCUCCUGGACUUCUGCUUGAGCAUUCUCACCCUCUGCAGCUCCUACAUGGAGGUCCCCACCUACUUCAGCAUCAAGUCUUCAGGCAAUGGGGGCUUUUUGCCAACCUUGGAGAAGUUACCAACAGAGGAAUAUGCCAAAGUGAUGGUCACCUUCACCAUUGCAUUCAUUGCUGUCCUCUUCCUGAAGGCCUGUAUGUUCAAAUGUGUCCUGAGCUGCUUUAAGUAUAUUAAAGCCAGCAAGAGGCAGGAGGUGAAAGCUGACCCACAAGCAGCUGAGAAGGGUCUGCUGCCAUCAUAUGAGGAAGCCUUAGAGUUGCCUUCCAAGGAUUCCCCACCGCCCUAUGUAGCAAUCUAAGCUCCACUGAUGGAGAGAAGACACCUGCAUUGCUGUUGGUGCCUCUUCCCCCUUCUGUCAGACAGGCAGCCUCCCUGAGAAAUCCUUUCCUUACAGCAGAAUCAUGCUUUGUACAACCUAGCUCACUUUCUGAGCCUACAAAG